UACAAUGGCGAAUUCGCCUAACGAAGAAGUCAAUCUAUUUUAAUCAGUUUCCAUGAAAAGUUGUGAAAUGAUGUUUUUGAGAAAAGUCCGUUGGUCGUUGUUGGAUGGUGUAUAAACUCCAGACGGUUCUUGGGCAGCAGAGAAUCGAGAUUGUCUGCAAUCAGUUGUUAGCUUCAGCAAGAAUGGAUACUUUUGGAUGAGUCACGGCUAUUGCGAUUUGAUAUUAUACGCUCAUCCAGUUACCAGUCAUGCCAAGUCCUCCGGAAUAUUUUGCUGAAGCUCGAGAAGAGUUCGGGAAGUUGCAACCCGAAUCCGAACUCGAUAUAAAAAAUGCAGAAUCAAUUGGGAAAGCUUUUCAAAGCUUGGAAGAAACCCUUCCCGCUCAAACCUCUGAACAGGGAACAUGUUAUCAUUGCUCGGAAGAGACAAAGGUAAUAAAUACUUCGAUGCUAAAACGAGGACAACACAUAACGGUUCCCGGAGAGAAAACACUCGAAAUAACGAAUAAAAUAAGAACGGUUAUUCCAAAUUUCCCUUUUUUGUAUAAGCACCAUGCCAUCAUAGCAAAAGUAAAUGACGAGAAUCGGUAUAAGGUGCGCUUAGAGAUAAUACAAGUCGAUAAAUCGGAUACGCAUCACGUUACGAAAGACGAAGUUUAUUAUGACCUGAGGUACGAUGACAUAUGGAUUGUAAACUAUUUAAGAGUUCAACGUUCAAGUGAAGAAGUUGCACAAGCGGCUGAAAAAGCAUUUGAUGAUGGGGUGCCGUGUAGAUACCAGCUAUUUACAAGAAAUUGUGAGCAUUUUGCAACAUCCUGUGUAUUAGGCAGAGAACACAGCUUACAAGUGGAGGAGAUUUUUAACACCGCAGAACGAUUUGCAAACAAUCUACAAGUACCAGGAGGUCGUUUAGUAGCCAAAAUAGUAGCUAAAGUCAUUUCAGAGUUUCUGGACGAAAUUGCCUUAGGUGUAACGGCAUCAAAAUAUAUUGCUGGAAUUGUCCUUGGAAUGACAUCUGUAGCAACGUUGCUGUAUUCUGUUGCUAUGACGAUGUACUACCGAAAGCUGUACGAAAACUCAGACAUGUGUCCUUGUUGCUUCCGCAGGAAAGUGACGGAGGUGUGGCUCUGUUUUGCGGUGUUUGCCUCAACAUCUGCUGUUACGUUCUGCAUGCUUAACCUAGCUGUCCCACUUGCUACAGUGGUUACCAGUGGAUUUACUGUCGUUGUGAUACUUCUGUCACUGUACACUCAGUGGAAAAUGCCGAAGAUCUUGCAGGCAAUCUCGAGUCCAUUUAAAAUCAUUGGCAAACAAGUGGAGGGUUUAGCAGACAUCAAUCCCGGAGACGUUGUGUCGUUCAAGUACUGGCUCUUCGAACAUUUUGGCAUAGUAACAGACAAAACAUCUUCUGGGGUUAAAAUUGUACAUUACUCUACAAGUCAGCCUUUUGCAACAAGAAUUAUUGUUGAAGAGGAGUUUUCAUUGUCAAAUAACCCCAUGUUGAAAUAUGACUGCAGCCAUUUGGACACAUUUUCUCUAGAAGAAACAGUUAUACGUGUCAGGAUGAGAAUAAACGAAACCAAAUGGGGACCGGUGGUAAACAGAUCUGAUCACUUGUGCUACUGGGCAAAAGUGCGACAGUAUCAACCGAUUGACGAAAAUGCCCACAGUAAUCUACCAGCCGAUUUAAUGAUAGGAACAACUCAAAUACAUCUUGAUGAAGAUAUUCAGAUCGGAGACCAUGCAUUUCUAGCGGACACUGAUGGUAUAGUCUGGCAAAAAGAUUAUUCUAUAGAACCAAGGAAAUUUCGAGUAUGGUUGGUCUGUUUGGAAACUGGAAUAUGCAAAGUUCUUCCCAUUAAGGUCAACCUUGAGGCUGAUUGGGUGACGGUUCAAGAAUACCAUCCGGCGCGUUGCAGACCUAAGAAAGAAAGAGCUGGCGCGGCAAUGCGGUUACUUAAUGAAAGUCACCAGAAACAGACGUUCCUGGAAAUGAUAAUAUAGGAGCAAGAUUAGGGGGAACGCCAAAAGAGAGAUACAAGUGUUUUCUGGGUAAAAUCAAAGAACAAUCUCAACAACGAGCCUUGUAAGAGCUGGUUUGAAAAAGAACAACAGAUGUCAUGAUAAUCAAUAACUCAUAUUGAUUAUCAAUGAUAUUGAAAUCAAUUUGAUGCCAUGACGAUUUGAUAAAGUGUUUCGGUUCAACUUCAUUUUCAUGUCGAGCUGUGUUGCAAAAUCUGGCCUUUUUGUAUUUAAAUGUGUGCAUUUUAAACAGAUUAAAUUGUGUUCCAUAACCUUGAAAUGUCGAUUAACAUAAAUCCGGUGAUAAAUCACAUGGACGAUAAAUGAUAGUUUUAUCCAGAACAGGAAUGGAAGAUUAGAAGGCUCUAGUAGAGCAUUGUUUUAUAACAUCAGAUCAUGUUGAAAACUUUAACCUUAUUUUGAACUAAGCAAUAUUAAAAGUUUUGAUUUAGUUUAUCGAGGUAUCGUGUAUCUGCACAUAGACUUAAAAUUUAGAGUGGAAGAUGGGCGAAGCCCUAUCCUUGCCUUUUUCUCAAGUCUAAGAAGACGAAUAUCAUUUCGUUGUACAAUGUAGUGUGUACACGCUGGUAUAAGACGUAAACAUAUAUCCGCAUUUUAUAGACGUAGACCAAUUAUGUGAAUAAAGUUUAUUCAAAACGUUAUUUAUGAUAGAGAUAAUAGGUUAAGAAAACUAAGUACAUAUGUUUACAAUGCAAUAAAGUUAGAUCAGUUGAUAUGUUUGCGUCUUAAUUAUUGUUUGUAUAUUACAAAUGUAUGUGUUAAUUUGUUUGAAUCCAUGUAGCGUUUAUGAUGCUGUAAAUGAAGAUACCUACGACUAUUUACUUGAUUUUCAUGAAUGAAAAAUAACAUUAUGAGAUUGUUUGAUUUACUUAACUUAAGUAGUUGCAGUAUAUGUUUAAUUAGCAUUAUGUCUUAUUUUUCAUAAACUAUUUUAUAUUUUUGCAUUGAAUCUCCUGAAAACGCUUUUUGGUUUAUGUAUAAGUACACGAGGGUUAUGGCUUUCUGGAUUUUUUGUUAAUAAAUCUUGAAUUUAGAAUCUUGAAAUCAUGUAUUAAUGAUUGAACAAACACGCGUAUAAUAAACAAGGCCGUAGUUGAUGCUUGCCAUCAAUAUUAUGUAGAAAACAAAUACAUUUUAGAUAGAUUAGUGGACAUGUAUGUAUUUUAAUGAAUUUUAUGAACCAGUGUGUGUAAAUAAUAUUUGUUUGAAUAUAUGUAACGUGUUUGAUAUUGUAAACAAAUAUUACUAGACUUACAUACAUAUGUGAGAAAUUUUAACUGGUGUGGUAAAUUUUACACGAAUCAGAAUAAGUGCACCUUAAUAGGUAUACAUUAUUGAUUGUAUGUAUUAAUAUGUGAUUAAUAUAACUAUUAUCUCCGACAAAUACUUUCUGACAGUAUGAUUAUUCAUUUACGCUGAGUAUUUACUUAGAAUUAUCAUUAUUGAAGUCAUUUAUAUACAUGAUUUAUUCAGGUAAGACUAUUAAACGAGUAUAUUGAUAGGGUAAGAACCCAUUCCAGUGGCGUAGCUGCAUAUAUGCCGUGUAGGCCUUGGCCUACAACUAUUUUGAAAAAUGACAAAAUUUAAAUGACAAAUUUUAAAUAACCCAAAAAUGUAAUAACAACUAAUAGCUACUCAAACACUUUGAGCAGCCUUAAAAGUUGUAUAUAACAUUAUUAUAACCAAAGCAAGGCUGGUGUUUAUUUUAAUUACGUUUAGGGUGUCUUGUUUGAUUUUAUUGUAAUCAUUGUAUCUAUAAUUACGUUUGUGUAAUGUACAUAUAAAAUGGAUGUAAUUGUGCCUUUUGUUUUUCUCAUGGAAUGCCCCUAAAUUGCAUCGGGGGUGGGGAGGUAUCCCCAAACUCACAUAGAACCAUCUGGCCUAUAAUUUUUAAAAGCCUAGCUACGCCCCUGCCCAAAGGCUUUCAAUAGUUUCGUAUUGUAUAAGAUGUCUGAUGUAAGAUAUGACUGAUUUUUUUUAAAUAUAACAAUCAUUAGUUAGUAUUAGUUGUAUACCUAAUAAUAACUAUAUAUCCACAAAAUACAUAACAGCGACAGCACAAACGCACAUUAUUAUUAGCAUUAUAUACUAACAUUGUCAGAUCUUUAACGACCCUAAACAUAAAUUUUAAUUAUCGAUAACGAUUUGAAAUAUUUGAAUUAAUUAACUUAAGUAGUUGCUGUAAAUGUUUUUUCAAUAUGUAUGCUUAUUUUUGGGUAAUGGUUUAAUGUUGUAUUAUAUAUACAUUGAUUCAUCAGACAACACUGUAUUGUAUAUUCAUUUGUCCACAUUGGCCAUUGCCUUCUGGUUUU